ACAAUCAGAGGCAGCGCGAGCACCACUUGAAUGGAUUGUUGUCGGUGAAUAACUUUGCUCCUGGUUUCUCCCCCUGUUGCCCACCGCCGCUGUUUUCUGCCGUUUUUCUUCUAAUAUCUGCGAGUCCAAAUAGCACUACAUGGUUUAUGAAGCACUUAACACCACUCGGAAAAGUGUGUUAGCAACAAACCCCUGAGGUCUGUGUGUCCGGCUUAACUUUUGCAAAGUGGGUGUCCUGGGAUCUGUUGGAAUCUGAAUGGACUAAUAUGAAGAGCCUGAAGGCAAAGUUUAGGAAAAGUGAUGCCCAUGAAUGGAACAAGAACGAUGAGCGUCUCCUCAGUGCAGUGGAGCAUGGAGAAGCAGAUAAAGUCACCUCCCUCCUGUCGAAGAAAGGAGCCUGUCCCACCAAGCUUGACAGCGAGGGCAAGUCUGCUCUGCAUGUAGCAGCCACACGAGGUCAAGCUGAGUGCCUUGCUGUCAUCCUGGCUCACGGGGCUGAUGUAUCUCUACAGGACGCGUCAGGGUUUACUGCUUUACACCUUGCUGCCAAAAACAACCAUCCUGAGUGUGCCAAAAAGUUGCUUCAGACUAAGUGUGUGGUGGAUACGCAGGAUAGCACAGGGAGGACGGCUCUCCAUCACGCAGCUGCCAGCGGAGACACUGUGAUAGUUCAGCUUCUGUGCGAGCACAAGUGUCACGUCAAUCUUAAGGACUCGGAUGGCUUCACACCCCUGCUUUUGUCAGCCAGGCAUGCACACACAGAGGUCUGCCAAAGUUUAUUGGACUGGGGCGCUGACAUCAACGCUAGAGACAAAAAUGGCAGAACUGCAGUGCUGUUGGCCAGUGAGAGCAGCUGUCCAGCCGCUGUUGAGCUGCUGGUGCAGAGGGGAGCUGACCUGCAAAUGGUGGACUCGUUGGGACAUGACGUGCUCCAUUAUGCUAAACUGUCGGGCAGCAGCGAGGUCCAAACCAUUCUCAAUACAGCCCUACACAGACAGCAGUCUGAGUCAGAUAAGACUUCAGCAAGAACCCCUCAGCAUGGUCAAAAGUUAAAUGAGGACAGAAGCUCCACCCCCAAAAAGAGAAAAGCACCUCCUCCUCCCAUUAGCCCAAUCCAGUCGGCUGGUGUCUUCUCACCACCAUAUUUUACUCCAACUGAAACUCCUUUGUCCAGCAAAAGUGAUUCAUCCAAAAGAUUCAAUUACAAGGAGGAGGAGGAGCUGAAAAGUGCUGUGCUGAAGGAAGAGAUCGAAAAAUUGCAUGAGGAAAAGAGCAUGCUGCUCGAGACCAUUGAAGAUCUGAAGCAGAUUGUGGAGCAGACUGAGCCCAAGAUGGAGUUCUCUGGAAAUGCAGAUUUGACAUUGAUUGCAGCCCUGCAAGCAAAGAUAGCCUCUCUCUCACUGGAAAACCAACAGCUUGCCCAAAUAAUAAAGAAACGUCCAGCUCCUCAAGGAGAGGAAGGCCAGGGAAGUUCCCGUCCAAACAGCAUUGAAUCGAAUGCCUCGUACCACUCCACCCGUGCUGAUUUCGAGCUCUCCAGCGAUGUGCAUAUCCAAACUGGUGACGAAGAGGAUCUUUCAGAGUUGUCUGUUCUGGACAUCAGCGGCUCUCCAAUCAAACAUGAGAUUGAGGAUGACACAAGGCCUAGUGCGGAUAAAGAAAUCAGACUGCUGCGGGAUGCGCUGGAGAAUCUGCAAACUAAACUUCUAGAGUCCAAAAUGGAGAACCGCACCCUUCAAGCAAGACUGAACACUGACUUCGAGAAAAUUGAAGUUGCAUCUAAAAGCAUGGGUGAAGAUACCCAAAAAUGCCAAGAGGAGUUACAAGAGGACAAUGUGGUGCAGAAGUUUCAGUAUUUGAAGAGCUGCCUGGAGCAGGAGGUCAAAGACCUGAAGGAAAAGUUGGCCAUAUCGCAGGAGGAGCAAAAGCAAGAUUCUUGUUUGAUAAAGGACCUCCAGGCUCAGCUCAAAAUGGUCCGUCUGUCUGAGGAAGAGCGUCAAGAACUAAAAAACACCUAUGAUACUUUGGUGGAGGACGUCAACCAGGAGAAAGCGUUGCUGAUCGAGAAGUACAAGGAGUCUCAAGAGGAGAUCAGGAUGCUCCAGGAGGCUCUUCGUGGCACUGUGCCGGUGGAAGCUGCUGCCAAAGACUUUGAGGAGAUGAAGGCAGAGCUCGGCGAGAUUAUCGAUGGGCUGCAGCGACGGCUUUUGGAGCUCUCGAAAUCGUACAGCGAGGCCAAAAGCGAGCUUAGCGCCGCCCGCAACCAGCUGCAGUCCAAAGCUUCAGAGCCUAAGGACAAGGCAGAUGUGGCCUGUGUCACCAAGGAAGAGCAUGAGCAGAAAAUUCAAGAGCUGGUGUUCAAGAUGAAGGACAUGCAGAAAGUAUUGAAGGACACUGAGGCGAAGCAUCAAGCUGCACUUAAAGAAAUAGCCCAGGUUAAACAAGACGCUGAAAACCAGGCACAAUCGUCUGUGGCUAUUGCAGACCACACCCAGGUUGUGGCGUCGUUGGGGAACGCCAUGAAGAACCUUGAGUCAGAAGUUGAAGUUCUUAAAGAGCAGCUUGCCCAGAAGACCUCGCAGGUGGACGCUUUGCAGAGCAGACUGACAGUUAAGAAGGAUGUAACUCCAAAUGAUUCAUUAUCUCGCCUUGAAUAUGAGCAAAUGAGAAAAACGCUGGAGGGUGAGAUAAGUCACCUGAACCACCUACUAAAAGAUGCUCUUAGGAAACAGGAUGAGUUGGCCCUUGAGGUGACCACCGCUUGGCAAGAGGUGAAGGAUGCUAGGAAUGAGAGAGAAGCAGCGCAGGAGCUGGCAGUGUCUAGAGAGCAGGAGUGCAGUGCGUUGAAUACCAAGUACAGGGAGGCUCAGGAGGUCAUUGUCCAGCUUAAGAAGCAGGUGGAAAACCAUGUGAUAUCUGAGCGAGACAAGAAUAAAAAGAUUGAUGAGCUCUCAAAGGAGGUUAUGAAAUUAAAGGAAGCUCUGAACAGCCUUUCACAGCUGUCGUACACCACUAGCACUCCUAAGAGACAACAAAACCAGCAGGUGGACUCGCUCCAGCAGCAGAUCAAACAACUGCAAUAUCAACUUGCUGAGUCAAAGAAACGUCACCAUGAAAUUGUCUCAGUGUACCGGAUGCACCUUCUUUAUGCUGUCCAGGGUCAGAUGGAUGAAGAUGUGCAAAAGGCUUUGAAGCAGAUACUUGUAAUGUGCAAAAUGCCAACCGAGGCCAAGUGAAGGAGCCAGUAUUGCAGUUGUUCAUGAACUGCCAAAAAACAGUGAUCAAAGGAUAUUCAUCUGAGAACUACAGUCCAGAAUCCAUCAAUCAGAAUGACAUGUGUAGUCAAACACUGCAAUUGAAAUCACCAUUGGCUUUUCCCCUGAUGUUUUGGAUACGUAGGAACGAGGAAAACAAUUGAUUUGCACACAAUCUUCUAGCUCACACAGUGCCAGACAAAGAAACACAAUCUACAGUCAAUGAUUUUCAGCAAUCUGUUUUGAAAAUUGGUCUAUUUUUGUACAUUGUCCAAAAAUAUGAUCAGUAUUUAAUCCUGUUGUCAGUUUGCAUUGGGGUAGAAUGCAAAAAAACAAAGCACAGGGUAUGUUUGCCUGCAUAGCAGUCCAUUGCAAUGCACCUUUUACAACCAUGUUUUCUGUGUUUUUCCGCGUAGUGUGCGGACUUUCUAAAAUUGCAGCCACCUGUAGUAUCUGCAUGCUGUGAAAAGUGAAGUGGCUCAAUAUUUGUUCUCCUUUUUCAGUAGCGUUGAAUUCUCCACUUUUCAGAGUAGGUGCUUUAACAAAAUGCCCAUGCGCAAAUGCACUUUUGUUAGUCCGUAGUCGUCUUUCUUUGAUGCCAGCAUUUACCUGCCAUUUCUAGGACACCUAAUGGGUCCAUGUGCCUCUGCUCAUUUUUAAGGCCUGUGGUAGUAUUUCACAGCCGUAAUAUUUGAAGCUGCACUAUAUUUCUUAAGCAUUACACUUGGUCCAACCAGGUUUCUGCACUACAACAUUUUAAUUUUAGAUUUCAAUUUGCCUGCGCAUCCUAAAUAUGUUGUCUGUAGUUAGUAAUGAAGUCACCGCACGUUAAACAGUUACUGUAGUUAGUAGUGUACUAAAGACUCCAUUGGCACAGUGAGGGGUGCGCUAGCCCUAGCACUUCAGUGUAGUUGUGGUUUUUACAACAAAUGCAGUUGAGGUCAGUUUUCAUCAUCAUUCAUCAGAAUCAGUACAAAUUAUUUUACCAAAAUAAGAGGGAUUAUACAAAAUGCAUGUUGUUGUUUAUUUAGUACUAACCUGAAAAAGAUAUUUCACUUUAUGUUUACAUAUAGUCCUCAA